AUGGCCCCCUAUAUUAGCAACGGUAGGCACGUGAUUGCGGUCACUGGCCUGUUACAGCCCACGGCAGAGCGCAGCAUCACCGCAGCAUCAACCGCAUCUAGUCUGCCUGUCGCGUCACCGGCUUCGCACCUCAGGCUUCUCUUCUCUCCUCAGGCCUCUCAUUCGCAAAUUCACUCUCCCUUCACUCUUGCCGCUGCUCCACCCACACUCGCAGCACAAGCACAAGCACAAGGGCUGCUUCUUCUUCUUCUGCUUCUUCUGCCCGUUCGGCGUGUUCCUGGCGCAUGUCGCCUCGCUGCAACCCACCCGCCUCUACCUGUACGAUUCGAUGUCGUCUCCGCCCAAUGCAGCGCCGCCACGGCGUGCAGCGCCAGCCUCCAGCGGCGACGACGCACAGUCACUGAGCCAGCUGUCACUGUCGCUGUCUCUGACGCCGGGCCCGCGAUCCCCAGGACUGCCCGCAUCCCCGUCGACGCCGCUGCCUUUAAAUGCGUCUUCUCCCCAUGCCUCGCCCUCGUCCAGAGGCACUCCCACUCCCUCGCUCAGUCCCUCGGGCAGAGAAUCGCGCGCCGGAACUCCCACCCUCGUCCGCAAGGCCUCGAUGAACUCCCUGCACUCGGCAAAUGGCGCUGGCCCCUCGCGGUCGCUGUCCAGGCGCUCCAGCCUUGGGCAGGUUGUUUCACCGGGCUUGAGGGCGUCGUUUGGCAUGCCGAGCUUCGAGCCCGAGUGGCGGCCGCCCCUGACGCCAAACUCGGUGGCGAGCGGCCACUUCAAGGACGAGCUGGAAGCGCAUCACGGCCCUGUAUCGACGCUCCACACCGAGACGGUGGUGAUCCUCAACGAUGCAGUCUACGGCCACCGGUUUUCCCGCCCGCGCACCCCCAAGAGUGCAUUAAGCACCAUUGUGGAGCGGCCCGAGCGGAUCAAGGCCAGUGUCUUGGGCGUGUCCACAGCGGAAAUGUGCACUUGCUGCCCAGCAUCCCCUUUCGUAUUCACAAGACUGACCGGAGACUACCGUUGUUGUCUCCCGCGGUCACAAAUGUUCAUGGGACAAAAUGGAUGGAGGAGCUCAAGACCAUGUGCGAGUCCGCCGAGGAGGUGCUGGCUCGUGGAGGAAAGGAGCUGCAGAGGCCUACUAUUACACGAGGCCCAGACCAUGCCGCCCCAGAGAAGCUUCACGAGGGCGAUUUGUAUCUCUGUCCCGAGUCACUGGAUGCUAUCGAGGGUGCCUUGGGCGCUGUUUGUGAAGGUGUAGAUGCUGUUUUCUCAGCUGGGCCACGGCGAGCAUUUGUUGCCGUGCGGCCUCCGGGACAUCACUGCUCUGACAAUCUCCCAUCUGGUUUCUGCUGGGUGAACAAUGUUCAUGUUGGAAUCAUGCACGGUAUCCUCAACCACGGCCUGACGCAUGCCGCCAUCAUCGACUUUGACUUACACCACGGAGAUGGGUCUCAAUCCAUUGCGUGGGCACACAACUCGCGAGCCAUGGCUGCUACCAAGAACCAUGCCGCCUGGAAAAAGACGUCAAUAGGCUACUUCAGCUUGCAUGACAUCAACUCUUAUCCUUGUGAGAAUGGCGAUGAUGACAAGAUCAAGAACGCAAGUAUAUGCAUCGAGAAUGCACACGGGCAAAACAUUUGGAAUACCCAUCUCCAGCCGUGGAAAACAGUGGAGGAUUUCUGGGAUCUUUAUGAGACCAAGUACACGAUACUUCUCGACAAGGCUCGCAGCUAUCUCAAAGGUCAGGCAGAGAAGCUACAGGAUGCAGGACUUAGCCCGCGGGCUGUCAUCUUUCUUUCUGCUGGUUUCGAUGCCAGCGAAUGGGAGGGUGCGGGGAUGCAGCGUCACAAAGUCAACGUACCCACCGAGUUCUACGCACGAUUAACCCAAGAUGUUGUUCGACUUGCCGCAGAGGAAGGCCUUGCUGUUGACGGCCGCAUCGUCAGUGUCUUGGAAGGUGGCUAUAGCGACAGAGCCUUGACCGCGGGCAUCUUCAGCCAUAUUAGCGGCCUUGUUGGCAAGCAGAAUCUACCUCGACAGGGCGGCUUCCCAUUUACGGAUGGUGCGUACGGUGAGGACGGCGAGCGCGUUGUACCACCUCUGGGUUCGAUUAACCCAUACGAUCCCUCAUGGUGGGCGGCUGAUCAGCUUGAGAAAUUGGAAGCCAUAGUUGCGCAGUUUGAUGCCACACCAAAGAAGCCGCGUCUAUCUCCUACUCCAACAUAUUGCUCGCCAACCCAUGCCUCCACGGCGAGGGCUGUGAACCCUCUCAAAAUGCAGCGAAGCAUGUCGUCUCUCAUCAACAGGUCGACAGCCUCCAGCAGGUCUCCAUCUCCCUCACCCCCUGACGUGUCAUGGACGGUUGCUGCCAAGGAGCUUUCGAAGCUCCUCAUACCACGGGAUCGCCAAACUGAAAGUGCCACAUUUGAAGAUCUGAACCCAGAGGCAGGUCGGGUUCGACGAGAGAGAGCAUUAUCUGGCGCGACAGAGCUUGAUCGGCCGACGUCGAGAAUGUCGCUUCGCGAACGCAAGCCCAGAGCUAUUGAUCCUAUCCAAGAGCAAGAGGAGACUCGACAGAUGAAGGACCGGGGGAAGCCUGCGGCUGUUUCGACAAUUGCUGCAGAAAAGGCAACCGCUCGUGGUCAGACACCACAAUCUCUCGUUGGUCUAGUUCCAAAGAAAAGCUCUCGACGUCUCACUACAUCGUCAGUCGCGCCUACACAGCAGCGCAGCGUCUCUCGUACCUUGCCCAUCAACGAAGAAUUGCCGCUUCGCCCAUCCACAUCAGCAGGUCCCGCCUCAGGGAGGCCUCUUUCAAUUGCAGACAGUAGCUCCCAGAGCCUCAGACCUUCUGGACGAAUCACCGUCAGCAGGUCACGGCCGACUACUGCGCACGGGGAACCGGCUCUCAGAUCACCCAUGCUCGAAGCCGGAAGGGAGGCAGCUGCAGAGAGAGCUCCGCAAUCUGCGGCGUCAAGGCUGGACGCUACUAUUGACGACAUGGAUAAGAUCACCAAAGGCAUCAAGAAGAUCAAGAUCAACUUGAUCACUCAGUCACAGAAGGAGGCUCGGGAGAAGGCUCGGCUUGAGGCCGAACAAGCCCAAGCUGCAGCCGCCGCCGCAGUCGCCAAAUCACCACGAACUUCUUCGGCUAGCACCAACAGAUCCGUGGAGUCUGGCGGCCUCAAGACUCCCAACAGCACUUCCGACCGUAGAUCUAUAGUUUCCGCCACAUCGCCGGAUAGUACUAUGCCGGCACUGACCUCCGAAAGUGGUUUAUCUACGCCUAACAUGGAACACUUUACACCACGGACAAUUUCUCCUGAAGCGAGACAACCGGUCCCAAAUAUGAGCUCUCCUCGGUCGAGCCAAGCAGCAGAAGAAAUAUCCGAAUCUUUUGUGCCGUAUCAGCCUGGAGGGCCACCCCCUGUUCCUGUCGCUUCUCAAGAGCCACUGAAAUGGCUCCCUCCGACUCUUCCCCCCGGCGCUUCAGCUGCUGCGCCUACCCUUAAGAAGAAGAAUAGCACUUUGUUCCAAUAUGGUGGCAGUGGCAGCAUUCCUUUUGCACCCAGGUUGGCCAAUCAGCCCACCACUUCAUCACAGCCCAAGGUUCAGAGGAAACCUAGUGGACCUGUCAGGGGAGUCCCCAGAUCUCCUCCAAAAAAAUAG